GAUCAAAGCAAACCAAAAAAAAGUACUAGUCUUAUUAGAACUCAAGUUCUUCUCUAAUGGACUUUGUUCCUUCAUUGUUCAUGCCUGAUUCAACGUCCUACGAAGAUGGGUUACUAUUUUCUGAUUCUUUCCUUCUUUCUUCGUUCGUAUCAUCAAACCAAAACCAUGACGUUUGCGAACCGAUCACAAACAAGAUUGAUCAUGGAAUUAGCAAGAAGAAACGAAGUUUGUGCGAUACAUAUGGCGUGAUGAGUGAUGAAGCCAACAAAAAUGAUGUUGAUGAUCGAGAAACCAAGAAGCUGAAACAUAGAGACAUUGAAAGGCAAAGAAGACAAGAAGUUUCAUCUCUUUUCAAAAGUCUAAGAUCUCUCUUGCCAUUUCAAUAUAUCCAGGGUAAACGCUCGACAUCAGAUCACAUCUUUCAGGCAGUGCAGUACAUCAAAGACUUACAAAACAAGAACAAAGAACUCAAUGAAAAAAGAAACCGGAUUAAAAAAUCUAUACCGGGGACAAAUGCUGCUACUCUUCCAUCGACAGAGGAAUGCACCAGUAGUUUAUCAUCGUCAACAACAUCAACUUUAUCAUUAAGCUGCUCAUGUGUAGGAGACAAACACUUUACAGUUGUGGUCACGCCUUGUUUGGUUGGUGUUGAGAUCAUUGUAAGUUGUUGUCUCAGACGAAACAAGUCUUGUCUCUCGAGUGUUCUUCAAAUAUUGGCUCAAGAACAAAAGCUCAGUGUAGUUAGUUGCAUCUCAACUAGACUACAACAGAGAUUCAUGCACACCAUUGUUUCUCAGGUGGAUGAUACCAAGCAGAUCAAUAUUUUGGAGCUUAGAGAUAAAAUAGUGAAUAUGUAGCCAUCAUACAUAUCAUAUAUACAUCAACAAACGGAAAAAUCAUGAUUUGUAUUUUAAUGUAUACUGUAUUUUGUGUUGAGUGGUUUAGCUUUUAAGACCAUGUUAAUUAUCAAGUGUUUCAGCUUAA